AUGCCUGGCACUCAGAGCGCUUUGUUUCACUUCUCAAACUCUAUCUCGGAGGAGUUAGAGAACAUUUCCUGGCUCCGCGAGAAAAGGAGUAAAAGCAAGUCUAGUCUCCUGUUCUAUGGUGGAAACAGAGACGUGACAGGAUUCGGGGUUCCUCCUGCAAUACACAGAAGCUAUUCCAGAUGUUGUUCCUCCUUUACUCCUGAAGGACACUGCUUGGAAGAGUCGCUGGAAGACAAUGGGCGCGUUGUUGGGGGUAGUAAUGCACAGCGCGGUGCAUGGCCAUCACAGAUUUCCCUCCAGUAUUACUCUGGUGGACAAUGGCAUCACACCUGCGGUGGGACGUUGGUGAGGCAGAACUGGGUGAUGACUGCAGCUCACUGCGUGGACAGAUCCUUGACUUUCCGGGUGGUCGUCGGUGAGUACAACCUGAAUCAGAAUGAUGGCACGGAGCAGUAUUUGAGCGUGGCGAGCAAGUUCAUCCAUUCUUCUUGGAACAGCAACAACGUCGCUGCUGGCUACGACAUCGCUCUGCUCCGCCUCUCCCAGAGUGCGUCUCUGAACAGCUAUGUGAAGCUGGGCGCUCUGCCCAGUUCAGGCGAGAUUCUGCCAAACAACAAUCCUUGCUACAUCACUGGCUGGGGCUUGACCAAGACUAAUGGGCAGCUGGCUCAAAUCCUGCAGCAAGCAUCACUUCCCGUCGUCUCUUACAGUACCUGCUCCAGUUCCGCUUACUGGGGCUCUACGGUCAAGAACACCAUGGUGUGUGCCGGAGGUGAUGGUACGCGCUCUGGGUGCCAGGGCGAUUCUGGGGGCCCUCUGAACUGCCUGGUGAAUGGCGGGUACUAUGUCCAUGGAGUGACCAGUUUUGUUUCCUCCUUGGGCUGUAACGUCUACCGGAAGCCCACGGUGUUCACCCGGGUGUCUGCCUACAUUUCCUGGAUCAAUAACGUAAGUUGGCUUUGCACAGAAGGGAAACUGCAAUGA